UUCAAAUAAACAGUGCCCCCCCCACCUUGCCGGGCAGGUCCUGUGCCACGCCGGAUCCGAUUGGCCGGCCUUGCUGGUGGGAUGGUUUGGAGCAGGGUGGGCAGCGGGGAUGUGCCGCGGGAUGGAGGAGCCGGGUUUUUAGCCGGUGCAUGGCUGGACGGUGGCAGGUUUGCAAAUCCUGCGAUCAGGCUGGAGUUGCACUGUGCCCGGUAAAUCACCGCUGCCGGGAGCCCACCACCCCUUCCAGAUGGUGGGGUCUUUUGAGGUGGUCCCUAAAUCCCUGCCUGCUAUCACCCCAUGGCCACGGCCAUGUGCAGAGCGGCCCCCGCCGUGGGUCCCCACUCGCACCGACCCGUCCAGAUGUUGCAAUCGCAGGAGAGCCAUUUCCCAGGUAAGCCCCAGCCCUGGAACGCCCUGGGAACGUCAGGGAGGGGCGGGAGCCUCUUUAAAAGCCCGUCUGGGCCCGGCGGGAUGGGUGCAAGGUGAGAGGAAAGCGGGCGUCAUCGGCUCCCACUGCCCGUGCUGCCAAAUCGGCGACAGACGGACACAGCGGGACCCGCGGACGGAGCCAGGUGACCGCAGGCAGCGAUGGCAGAAUGCACGGAGCUGGAAUGGGCUGUGCAGGUGCUGGUGAACAACUUUGACAAGUACUCGAGCCGCUGCUGCUGCUGCAAGAAGCCGCGGCGCAUCAGCAAGAAGGAUUUCCGCAAGAUGCUGAGCUGUGAGCUCAACCACAUGCUGACGGACACCGGGAACCGGCGAGCGGCCGACAAGCUCAUCUGCGACCUGGAUGAGAACAAAGACGGCCGCAUCAGCUUCGAGGAGUACUGGACCUUGAUAGGCGGCAUCGCCAGCCCCAUUGCCCAAAUCAUCCGUCAGCAGGAGCAGAGCGUCAAGCACACCAAGUAGCCGGCUGCAUCCGGACCCUCCCGGGGCUCAGCACCUCCCCGAGCUCAAGCCCCUGCUUCUCCGCGGCUCCCCGCUUCUCACCUCUCCCGCUGCCGAGCCCUGCCCCGAGCCCCAGCUUGCCCCGGGGCACCCCGGUCUCCCACGGCUUUGCCGAUCGAGCCAUGCCAGGGUGCAAUCGGGGCGGGAAGACCCUGCGGGUGGGAGCUGGGGGGGGUGAGAGGCCAUCGCAGCCUUGGGGAGCUCCUCAUUGCCCCACACUAUGCCAUCCCUGCCCUCAUCCUCUUCCGCGAGCCCUGUCCUUGCUGGGCUGCUGGGCAAGAAGCAAAGGGGGAGGCUUCCCCUUAUCUAGGACAUGAAUUCUGUCUGUUCUCAGACCUCUGGGGCACGGCCCCGCUGGCAGAAACCCUAUCACGAUCAGGACCCCCUCUCCCCUUGGAGCUCUCCCUCAAAAUCGGGGGGGGGGGUGGUGUCUUUUUGGGAAAAGGGUGCCUUUCCCCCUGCCCAAGCUGGUGAAGGGUCCUGCCCUGCCUGCGCUGCCUGGUGCUCCGGUCCUUCAGGCUCGGGAAGUGGCACGGUCCUGUCCGGGCAACACCGCCGUGGUUAUUUAUUGCAGCAAUAAAUUUUGGAGGAGC